AUGGAAGAAGAGACGUCGGAACGCUUGAAAACACUUCAAUUAAUCGAAGAAUAUAUUGCUAAGAAGAAUAAAGAAGAUAUCCCAGUGAAUUCAAUGGGCGCCGAGGCUAUUGCUGGAAUGACUCAAAACGCUUCUAAUAAACCCUUUUACACCUUUUUGGGGACGUUCUUGUCGCCACAAACCCACGACGAGAAAACAUUUGAAGCAGUCAAAACCCUUCACACCACCUUUGGCGAAUUAACACCAGAAAUUAUAAAUCACACGUCACUCGAAACACUUCAAAAAUGUAUUAAAAUGGUCGGUUUUGCAAAGACAAAGUCCAAAAGGUUAAAAGAGUGUUGCAAAAUUUUUAUAGAAAAAUACGAUGGAAAAGUCCCUUCAACAUUCGACGAGUUAUGUGCACUGCCUGGGGUUGGGACAAAAAUAGCUUCUCUAAUUCUGGCAAUUGCUUUUGACUGCCAUGUGGCCAUUCCAGUAGAUACACAUGUAUUUACCAUCUCAAAUCGCCUUGAAUGGGCAGAUGCAACUACGCCAGAGUCCACACGGAUUCAAUUAGAAGAGUGGCUUCCAAAAGACAAGUGGAGUACUUUUAAUAAGGUACUUGUUUCUUUUGGGCAGUGCUGUUGCACUAAAAAGUCUCCAAAAUGCAGUGAAUGUCCACUCCAACAAGCCAGACGGUGUCCCUAUUACCUUCACACUCUUCAAAAGUGA